GUGUUCUAGGUGUUGUGAUGUUCUCUGGUGUUGUUCUGGGUGUUCUAGGUGAUGUGAUGUUCUCUGGUGUUGUUCUGGGUGUUCUAGGUGUUGUGAUGUUCUCUGGUGUUGUUCUGGGUGUUCUAGGUGAUGUGAUGUUCUCUGGUGUUGUUCUGGGUGUUCUAGGUGUUGUGAUGUUCUCUGGUGUUGCUCUGGGUGUUCUAGGUGAUGUGAUGUUCUCUGGUGUUGUUCUGGGUGUUCUAGGUGUUGUGAUGUUCUCUGGUGUUGUUCUGGGUGUUCUAGGUGAUGUGAUGUUCUCUGGUGUUGUUCUGGGUGUUCUAGGUGAUGUGAUGUUCUCUGGUGUUGUUCUGGGUGUUCUAGGUGUUGUGAUGUUCUCUGGUGUUGUUCUGGGUGUUCUAGGUGAUGUGAUGUUCUCUGGUGUUGUUCUGGGUGUUCUAGGUGAUGUGAUGUUCUCUGGUGUUGUUCUGGGUGUUCUAGGUGUUGUGAUGUUCUCUGGUGUUGUUCUGGGUGUUCUAGGUGAUGUGAUGUUCUCUGGUGUUGUUCUGGGUGUUCUAGGUGAUGUGAUGUUCUCUGGUGUUGUUCUGGGUGUUCUAGGUGAUGUGAUGUUCUCUGGUGUUGUUCUGGGUGUUCUAGGUGUUGUGAUGUUCUCUGGUGUUGUUCUGGGUGUUGUUCUACUACUGCUGGGUCUGCUGCUGUUCAUGUUCUUCAGACAGAGGAGAGACAGAGACAGGAGACCAACAGGUACAGCAUCCAAACACUCUGCUAUACUGUUGGUGUCUGACUCCAUGACACCCAACCUAGAUCCAGACACAGGAACCAUCACUAACCCCAUCUACGCCACAGCAACCAAUCAGAACCCAGAUACAGCCUGUGACAUCACCACCAUCUAUACCAACGCAACCAAUCCUCGUCGAGAUGACAUCCACUUCAACUUUGGUCCGUCCACAGAGGUUUCAGACAAUGUGACCUACGCUACUGUCAACUUCCCCUGAGAUCCAGCCUGUCUCCACUAUGCUACUGUCAACUUCCCCUGAGAUCCAGCCUGUCUCCACUAUACUACUGUCAACUUCCCCUGAGAUCCAGCCUGUCUCCACUAUGCUACUGUCAACUUCCCCAGAGAUCCAGCCUGUCUCCACGAUACUACUGUCAACUUCCCCAGAGAUCCAGCCUGUCUCCACUAUACUACUGUCAACUUCCCCAGAGAUCCAGCCUGUCUCCACUAUGCUACUGUCAACUUCCCCUGAGAUCCAGCCUGUCUCCACUAUACUACUGUCAACUUCCCCAGAGAUCAAGCCUGUCUCCACGAUACUCCUGUCAACUUCCCCAGAGAUCCAUCCUGACUCCACUAUGCUACUGUCAACUUCCCCUGAGAUCCAGCCUGUCUCCACUAUACUACUGUCAACUUCCCCUGAGAUCCAGCCUGUCUCCACUAUGCUACUGUCAACUUCCCCAGAGAUCCAGCCUGUCUCCACGAUACUACUGUCAACCUCCCCUGAGAUCCAGCCUCUCUCCACGAUACUACUGUCAACUUCCCCAGAGAUCCAGCCUGUCUCCACUAUGCUACUAUCAACUUCCCCUGAGAUACAGCCUGUCUCCACUAUGCUACUGUCAACUUCCCCAGAGAUACAGCCUGACUCCACUAUGAUACUGUCAACUUCCCCAGAGAUCCAGCCUGACUCCCCGAUGAUACUGUCAACUUCUGAUAGAGGAAUUCUAAAUUCCUUUAUGUUUUAAUUGCCAAAACCAAUUUCGCACUCGUUUCUAAUUCAUUAAUGAUGUGUAAGUUCAUUAAUUAUGCAUGAAGUAGAUCGAGACCAGUCUUAAAAGCCAGGUAAGAGCGUUUAAUUCCAGAGAGUACUGACCCAAAAUACAAAGAACAUUACAUUUUAAAGAAAGGGAACCUAAAAUGACGUCAUCAGUUUCACACCCUCUCCCAUCCUUACAAUAGCGUAGUAUUCAGUCCUAGAGAUAGUUUUACUCCCCUCAUAAAACUACAUUCCAACCUGUCUAAAAGAUAUACUUCUCUCCACUAAUGGAAUCCAACCAAAACAUUCUUAUCUGUAUGAAAAGCCAUAGCAUCGCUCCCCCUUUAACUUCCCAAGAGACACAGACAAUUAAUUUGUUCUGCUUAUAUUUUCAGUAACAGCUUAACCAAUAACUUUUACUUUUCAUACCAUAACAUAAUAGUAUUAGAAUAAAUGGUUCUAAUCAAUAAUGUAUACAUAAUGAAUCAUCUCAACUAUAAUUUCCUCUAACAACUUCACCAGAGACCCAGCCUGUCUCCACUAUGCUACUGUCAACUUCCCCAGAGAUCCAGCCUGUCUUCACUAUGCUAUUGUCAACUUCCCCAGAGAUCCAGCCUGUCUUCACUAUGCUAUUGUCAACUUCCCCAGAGAUCCAGCCUGUCUCCACUAUGCUUCAGUAAAGACUCUGAUGCUAGUAACCACAUAGACACUGACCAACAGCUGUAGACACCUCAUAAUGUACUGCACCAUUAAACACUCUGCUACAUAGUCUACUACUGUAGACACCUCAUAAUGUACUGCACCAUUAAACACUCUGCUACAUAGUCUACUACUGUAGACACCUCAUAAUGUACUGCACCA